ACAAGUGAUUGGUGCAUAAGUGCAAAUUAGAGGAACUACAAGGGUAUUUAAGUGCUAAUUAGCCUAGAGGAUGGAGGGAAGCGGAAUUCAUGACCGCUCCGAACCGUAAACCCCCGUCAAAUGUCCCUUCUUCAUGUCCUCCCCUCAAACGCCCCCUCCAUCUCCCCUCUCCGCCGCCUUCACGCUCUCGAGUCCCUCCUCUCCUCCGCCAUCUCCGCCGCCGGCGGCCUCCCCCAAAUCAAGCAAACCCACGCCGCCCUCCUCCGCCUCGGCCUCCACGGCAGCAACUUCCUCGUCUCCAAGCUCCUCCGCCGCCUCUCCAACCUCAACGUCCCCUUCUCCUGUUACCAUCUGCCCAUCUUCUCUCAAGUCCCCUCGCCCAAUUCUUUCCUCUGGACCUCCCUCAUUCGCGCCUCCCCGAACCCUUUCGAUGUCUACUGCUCGAUGCGCCGCCUUUGCCCGCAUUGCCCUCCUCUCUCCUUCACUCUCACCGCGCUUCUCAAAUCGUCGGAAUGUUUGAAUUCAGGCGUGCAAGUUCACGCGCAGUCGGUAUUUGUUGGUGGGUUUGAUUCUGAUUUGCACGUGCAGAACGCGCUUAUCGAUUUGUAUGUGAGGUGCGGGGAGCUGGGUUUUGCACGCAAGGUGUUUGAUGAAAUGCCUGAGAGAGAUUUAUUCUCUGGGACUGCGAUGAUUGUCGCUUAUUCGAACAGCGGUGAUAUGGGUUCUGCGGAGGGCAUCUUUGGGAGGUUGAGGGAGAAGGAUGAGGUCGCUUGGACUGCAAUGGUGACGUGCUAUGUGCAGAAUGCGAGGCCCAAGGAGGCACUGGAGACGUUUGAGAGGAUGCAGAGAGCUGGGUUUGCUAUCGAUGAGGUUUCGCUCGUGGGUGCAAUCUCAGCAGCGGCUCAGCUAGGUACAGGGAAAUGGGCUCAUUGGGUUCGAGAUGUGGCUGAAAGAGUUGGGAUUGUGGAGGAUAAUGUUGUUGUUGGGUCGGCAAUGAUUGAUAUGUACGGAAAGUGUGGAUUCAUCGAUGAGGCAUACGCUGUUUUUAAUUCUAUGAAGGAGCGAAAUGUGUAUUCUUAUAGCGCAAUGAUUAGUGGCCUCGCAGCUCAUGGCCGAGCUGGCGAAGCAAUCAAUAUGUUUCAAGAAAUGGUGGGUAAGACUUCAAUCGAGCCUAAUUGGGUGACAUUCAUUGGGCUUCUGACGGCAUGUAGCCAUGCCAGAAAGGUUGAAGAAGGCCGAUACUAUUUUUCUCUAAUGAAGGAUGAGUACAAUAUCACACCCUCUGAUGACCAUUAUGUGUGUGUUGUUGACUUAUUGGGCCGAGCUGGGCUCAUGGAAGAAGCAUUGGAUUUUGUGAAAGCGAUGCCUAUAGAACCCUGUGCUGGAGUUUGGGGGGCAUUGCUUGGUGCUUGUCGGAUACAUAGGAAUACUACGAUUGCUCAAAUUGCUGCUAAUCGUCUCUUUGAGCUCGAACCAAACGGGGUUGGAAACUAUGUCUUGCUUUCAAAUAUCUAUGCAUCUGCAGGGAUGUGGAGUGAGGUAUCAGACGUUAGGAAACUGAUGAGGGAGAGAGGAUUGAAAAAGACCCCAUCAACGAGCUGGCUGGAGACAAAGGACGGAAGAGCCCAUCAAUUCUUUGCAGGUGAUAAUAGGCAUCCGCGGUCAAGAGAGAUUAAGGAUGCACUGGAGGAGAUAUUGAGGAGGUUGAAGGAUGAUGGCUACAAGCCUGUGCUGAGCUCUAUUGUUUAUGACGUUGAUGAUGACGAGAAGGAGAGGAUUCUCAAGGGACAUAGCGAGAAGCUGGCAGUGGCGUUUGGGGUUUUGAUGACUGAAGUGGGGGAAAUGAUUCGGAUAAUGAAGAAUUUGAGGAUGUGUGAGGAUUGCCAUGUUGUGAUGAGGAUGGUGUCCAAGGUGAUGAGGAGGGAGAUUGUUGUGAGGGAUAAUAUGAGGUUCCACCAUUUUCAGAAUGGGGAGUGCAGUUGUGGUGGUUUUUGGUGAAUUUGACAUGGGAUUAUGUGAUAAAGCUCUUUCUUAUGAUGUUGAAUCACACUUUAUUUGGAUAUGUUUCACAAUAAUUCUACAGCGUAACUUCUGUUCGUUGGGUAAGGUGCCUAAUGAGUAUGAAGUUAACUGAAAAGCAUAUACAAGGAAAAUGUGAAGAUAUGGUAGAAAGAUCGCAGUUAUUAUCCCGUGAGGAAUUAACAUCAAGUUAGAUUAAGCAAAGUAAUAUUCUCUAUUCGAUCGGGAAGUGAUUAAAGAAGUUGGCGAUUGUGGAGAUAUAUAGAGACUGACGAUGGUUAGAGGACUCUUUCCAUUGACACUGGAAUCUGAUCAAAACCAGUUGAGCCAACCAACUUUCGCGAUCUAUUGUUGAGGUCGAGCUUGGUAUCUUGAGAUGUGAAAAUUAG